UUACAUAUUCUAUUUUAGUCUCAACAAAUCCCGCCGACCUCAAAGGCUAGGCCUUCACUUGAGCUUGAAGAAAGUCAACCGAAUUUGGGUGUGUCCAUCAGCGUACAAUUUAGCAGUUAAGGCGAUACUCACAAUGUGAUUCAAUUACUGUAUGAUAAUUAGUCAACAAAAGGUUGCAUUAGAAUAUACAGAAAAUGUGGAAUCUAAACAUAUGGAUUUUAGUUACUAUAUUAACAUGUACAAAUGGAUACGACAGAAAGUGUCCACAUUCAUCACAGUGGAAUUUCACUUCCAGAUCUUAUGAAUGUUCAGACCAAAAAAUUUAUAUAUGCUUAUUUGAUGCAAUAAAAUCGUAUGCUUCAAAAGCUGUAUUUACAGCAAGUUGCGGCCCUGAAGACUUAUCAAGAGAAGGUUUCAGAUAUAUAGUAACACCAGAUUUGCACCAAGUUCGAUGUACUGCAAGUCGAUACCAGCCAUUCACUUUUACAACUAAUGGAAAUAGUCAGUGUGUAUUAAGUAAAUCGUUAUGCAAUGCUAGAGGACAGAUUUUAGCUAAUAAUGGAAUUUCCAGUACAGAUAGAAGCUGUAGAUGUGAUUACACACAGAAUUAUGAUUAUGUUAUACCACCAAAGGACCCUUGCUCCUGUAAACCAGCAGAGGAAGACUGUAGUUGCUACGUCAGAAAAUGUGAUGAUGACAAAGAGAUGAUAGCAGAUUACAGAUGUUUGAAGAGAGUUGAGACUAUAUUACCAGAAGAUAUAAAAUGUCCAAUUAUCAACAGAAUUAUACCACCAGAAGAAACAGAUACAGUUUAUAAGAUACAGUGGCAGUCAGUAGUUACAGGUUCACGUACCUGGUCAAAGCAGGCUUCAGUUAUCUUAAUUGUGGUAGUCAUCAUUUAUACAGUUCUCAUUGGAUUUCUCUUCUGCAGUGUUCCACAUGUAACAAGCAUUUUACUGAAAUCAAGGCUCAAACUGUCUUUGAAAAGAAAAGAAAAUGAAUUCAUGAUUUUGAAUGGAGACAAUGUCAAAAUAGAAUGUAAUGUUAAGUCAUACAUUCCUGUUCGUUCAGUUACCUGGCAGAAAGAAAUAGAUGGUGAAAUUAAACAUAUCACUCCAUCUAUGGAAAAAUAUGAAAUGAAUUGUGAAAAAAGGCCAUCUUUGACAAUAGAUAAUUUUAAUGCUGGUGAUCAAGGAAAGUACAGAUGUAUAGUAAGAAAUGCUGUUGGUCUGAGGAACGAAAUGUUUGUUAGCUGUAGCAACUUCAUGUCAAGAGUUGGUUGGUUGAAAGGAUUUGUGACAGUAUUACAACAUAUUCCUGCAUUCCACAACGAAGAUAUGACAUUACAUUCUUACGACAUUGAUCUACAGUCAAAACAAACUGUAUACAAUGUUUAUAAAGGAGAUGAUAUAACUAUGGAGUUUAAUGAUCAACAGAAACUGAUAGCAGUCAAAUGGUUUAAAAAAAAUGACAUAUGGACAGAGCUGGACAUAAGUAAUGAACAGUUCAGUGGAGGUGUCCCUGAUGUUCCAUCUCUGACUAUAAAGGUCACAAGAAUAAGAAAUGCUGGAAAAUAUUUAUGCUUGCUGAUAUAUGAUAAUGGUGAAACACAGAAGGCUUUAUUUAAACUGAAAAUAAUACUUCAAGUCAAGUUUUACAAGGCCCUUUGUGAACACAGAGAAGACAGAACAUUUAUACGGCCAGCCAUUUGUGACAAUAUAGAUAAAUAUAUGCAAGAAAAUAACAUAGUGGUCAUCACUGGCAGAGAAGGAACAGGGAAGAGUAAAAUAUGUCUGGAACUAGCAUCAUUUUAUGAUGAGAAAGAUUAUAUGGUUUUGAAAGUAGAUUUGUCAGAAAAUCACUCAAUAUAUACAGAUAUUGGUAAUGCAUUGCUAAUCAUUGAUGAUCAACAGUAUACUCAAGAUUCUCUCAAUGCCUUUAUGAAAGACCUUUUACCAGUAUUACCUAAAAGAAAUAUACAAGUGAUAUUGACUUGCAGGAAUUUAGAUUUAAAGAUUGUGAGAAAUGUACCAGAAAUGAAUAAAUUGAAGAGUGAAGCAUUUAUAAACAUUAACAAUUGUUUAACACCUGAAGAAAAAGAAGAAAUGUUAAGAAGAUACAUGAAAGAGAAUAACAUUGCAUCAUCAGCAUCAUAUGACAGUAAUUUCAGAGAUCCAAAAAUUCUAACUGAUUUUUCUGUACAAGUAAGACUCGAUGAGGAUGCCAUCAAAAUAAUUAAGAAUGAAGAGCCAUGGAAGGGGUUCCCCUUGUGUGCUUCAUCGUUUUGUUCUGAUAGAAAACUUUUGCAUUUAGGAGAAAAACAUUUCACCAAUCCGCCAAGAUAUCUUUUUGAAGAACUGAGAGAACUUUAUGAAACUUCUAGAAGAGAUUUAAAUCAUGCUAAUUGCAUACUAACAAUAAUUGACUACUGUGUUUUAGUUUAUGUUAUGAAAAAUCACCAACUAACCCUAAAUGACAACAAUCUCUACAUUGAUCUUGUUGAACUAUAUCAAACAUUAUUUCAGUUUAGAUAUAUACCUGAAAAACCUGGUUCAAAUGAGGAUCAGAAAAAAGCAAUAGAAGAAGCAUUACACAGAAUGACUAACAAAUACCUUACAUUCAAUGAGGGUGUUUACGAGUUUCUUCAUCCAUGUCUGUUUAAAGCAAUGUUCUUGUCAUCUAAUUCUGUGAUUCCUUAUCUAAUCCAAAAUGGUUCAUUACACGAUAUAACAGAGUUUGUUCGGUGUGAAGUUUAUACUGGUUUGGAAAAUGAAUUAGUUAUUAACAUCAAUAACCAUUAUCAUCACAUCCUUUGUGAGAGGUUGGUGAGACAUGCGUUAGAGGAUCGUUCCUUACUGCUGCAUGUUGCACAAUAUAUUUACUCAUACUGGCAUUCAUCAGGUAAUAAUCUUGUGAAUAUGAUGUUCAAGCAUAUUGAAUUCAUUCUGUUUAAUAGUUUGGGAGUACAAACUAGUGGUCUUCCAUCACUUGACAAUCGAAGUUUAUCUGAAAAUAACAUCAAAUUAGAAGGUAAAAUUAAACUUUCUAACAUCAUUGUGUUAGUUGAUGAAUUAACAUAUAAAGGCCGAGAUCCAUGGAUAUAUGGACCUGGUACAUCAGAUUUCCUUAUAAUCAGUGCGUUGGUUUCAGCUGCAGUGGGUAGAUAUGAAACCAACAGAGAUCAGACUUUUAAAAUUCUGUUGAAAGAGUUUCAGAAUAGGAUACACUUGGAAUCGUUUGUAAAACUAUUGGGUAAACCUUUAGAUAUGUAUGGAAACACUUUCUUUCAUUAUCUGAUGGGUUUAAGUCAGAAGGAAACAUCUGCAAUCUUAUCUGCGAAUGCAGAAAUGAAAUAUACAUUUGAUACAGAAAAUGUAAAGAAAUAUUCUCCUCUGGAUAUUGCAGCAUUCUUGGGGAAGAGAACAGUUUUGGAAGAUCUGAGACUGAGGACUAACUUUACAAAGAAAUUACGAGACAGACUUAAGAGACUUGCUGAAAGUGGGAAUGCUGAGUAUUAUGAUGACAACUCAAAAAACAAAAACAUUGACCAACCAAUAGUCCACAAAACAAAUUUUGAUAGUGCUUCACCUGAAAAUCUUGAAUCUGAAGAUGCUGAUGAUGAAAAAAAGGAAGUAAAGGAUGAAAGUAAAAAAGAUACAAGAUUUUUGAAAAGAACAUUCAGUCUUAGGAAGGAGGAAUCAAACAAGAAAGAAAAGCAUGAUGUAAAUGAUGUUUUAUGCUUUGAAGAUUUUAUGAAGAAUAUUGUUGUUUUUGGGAAGAAAAAGGACUAUCAGUCAAUCAUCAAGCUGCUUUCAUAUUAAAUUGGUAAACACUUGAAUUGUAAAAUACACACUGCUUAGUCUUACUUUUAAAAGAAUUUGUUACACAGUUAUUCUUAUUCUUACAAAACAUUUUUAUUAGCUUACCUUGUCCUACACAGCGUGUCAAAUGUAAAAUAUGAAAAGUUCUUUUCUGGAUUUAUUGUCAUUAGAACAGGCAAAGCCAAAUAUUGGUAAGCCAAGAAGGCAUAAGUUCUGAAAUAAGUGAAGAGGUAUAUGACCAAAGGGACCUGAAAAAUAAUAGCCAAUCCAUCUGAGGUCAACUUUGCAAAAGGGCGUUGGAACCUUAGUGUCUUAAUAACUUUCAAAUUUAUUGAUGAACAAUUUAAGAAGUGUCGCUUAUUAAUCAUGUCAGUUAUGAAGCACUGACUACUGAGUUGAUGAUUACAUUGGUGACUAAUGGUCCAAAAGCAUAAAGUUAAUGUUUUAUUGUACCCAUCAACAAUCAAGACAUGUCAUUAUGGAUGGUUCAAUGUUUAGUUCUAUCUAAGUUAUUGUAUAAUAUCUUGAAAACUAUAUAUCUGACAAACCUGCUCAGUAUAACCAAAUAAAGCAAAUGACUUCUUGUAGAAGUUAUUGCCCUUAAGUGAA